UUACAUAAAUAUUCAGAUAAUUAUCAACAACUUUUAAGGAAUUGGUUUGUAUAUUUUUUGGUUGCUAAAUUUUUUGAAGAGAAUAACAGAUUAAAAUAUAGUACUUUGAUAAGUCUCCAAUUGGUGAAUAAUGAAUCAUCCAGAGUGGCCAUCAAAAACACAAAUCUUGGUGCAGCAGUAGCAAUACAUCAAUUACAUG